CCAAUGGAAUUUUAUUUUAUAUUAAGAGAUACAAACCAUUUUUCUAGAUAACUCUUGGGAUCUAUGUUUUUUCUUAUUUUUUUUUUGUUUUUAACUUUUAUACGACCUCAACUUAAACUCUUCAUUCCAUACAUUGGCUCUGCGUGCGCAUGUGGUCUUACAUUAAAGGAGAAGUUUGCAUUUAAUUUUUUUAGAGGUUAUAUGGUGUGAAGUUUAGAGAUAUAUGUUCAUUUUUAUAUCUACUUAAUAUAUCAAAGUAUUUAGUAUUAUUUAUAAAAUAUAUUUAUCGUAUAAAAAUUAUGAAAUUAUAAAGUCGUUAGAAAUGGCUCAAUUUUUAUCAAGAAGGUUAAAAAUAUUGCAAAUCAGAAUCUUACAAAGGCAUUACACAAAUGAUGCACUUAAAAAUGUAUAUAUUAGUACGCCAAUAUUUUAUGUAAAUGCAGCACCACAUAUUGGACAUUUGUACAGUGCAGCAUUAGCCGAUUGCAUUGCAAGGUACAGAUCCAUGCUUGGUCAUACUACGUUUUUAAGCACUGGUACGGAUGAACAUGGUAAUAAAGUAAAAACAGCUGCAAAUUUGGCUAAGAUACCAAUACCAGAUUAUUGCACACAGGUUUCCAAACAAUUCAAGGAAAUGUGUGACAAGUUUUCUAUUAAUUAUUCUGCAUUUAUUCGUACCACUGAGCAACGUCAUUUUGAUGCAGUUCAUCACUUCUGGAAUGUUUUGGACACGAAAGGAUAUAUUUAUUUAGGCAAAUAUUCCGGAUGGUACUGUACAUCAGACGAAGCAUUUCUUACCAAUAUAGAAUUAGAUGAAAUAACAGAUGCAUCUGGUAAAAAAAUUAAAGUUUCUAAAGAAUCAGGUCAUUCUGUUGAGUGGACGGAAGAAGACAAUUAUAAAUUUAGAUUAAGCAAUCUUAAAGAUGAAUUGAAAUAUUGGAUUAAAAAGGACACUACAGUACAACCUGAAAAAUAUCACAAGAUUUUAUAUAAAUGGAUAGAAGAAGAUAUAAGUUCGUAUGAUUUAAGUAUAUCGAGACCUACAAGUAGAGUUCCUUGGAGUAUCUCAACACCUCAAAACAAAAAUCAAUCAAUAUAUGUUUGGUUGGAAGCAUUAGUAAAUUAUUUAACAGUAUUGGGUUAUCCAGAUAAUACGUACAAACAAUUUUGGCCACCGAGUUUGCAGGUUAUUGGUAAAGAUAUAUUAAAAUUUCAUGGAAUAUACUGGCCAGCAUUUUUAAUCGCUGCUGGAUUGGAACCUCCACGAACAAUAUUGUGCCAUGGACAUUGGACAGUUGAUAAUAAAAAAAUGUCUAAAUCGAUAGGUAAUGUUAUUUCACCUUUUGAAGCAGCUGCUAACUUCACAGAAGAGGGUUUGAGGUAUUUCAUUUUAAGAGAAGCUGUCCCUCAUAGCAAUGCGAAUUACAGCAAUAAUAAAAUUGUAAGGACAAUAAAUGCAGAGCUUGCAGAUACAUUAGGUAAUUUGAUUAGUCGGUGCACUGGUAAUAUUAUUAAUCCAUGGGGUGAAGUUCCUAAUCCGAUGGAGUUUGUUGAUGUUUUAAAAUCAGACAUAGCUAUUCAAACCAUAGAGAGCAUCAAUUAUUUAGGUGAAAAAGCUCAAUCUCAUUACAAAGAUUAUAAACUACAUAGCGUAGCUGAUGUGACUAUGAACGUAUUACAAAUGGCAAAUAAAAUGGUAGAAUAUCAUAAGCCAUGGGUAUUAAGCAAAAAUUUAGAUAAUCGAAAUUCUUUUAUGGAAUUGAAGGCUGUCAUUUCUAUCGCAUUAGAGAGUAUAAGAAUAUCUGCUUUGGUAUUGUAUCCGAUUAUUCCAAGAUUGGCUAAUAAUAUUCUUGAUUUUUUGUCAAUACCAAAAGAAAAUCGCACCUGGUAUGAUACGAUUUCUCAGUACCAAAAGAAAAGUUUACCAGACAAAAGACAUUUUGAUCGGAAUGGUAUGAUAUUAUUUAAGCGAAUAAAAGCUUCAUAAAUUUGAUACAUACAGUGAUGUAUAUUUACUAUGGCAAUAUCCCAUUGACCUUAAUUUAUAACCAUUUAAUUAAUAGUGAUUGAACGUUAAUUGAAGAAAAUCAUUGUGUCUUCUACAUAAAAUAGUAAUUCGUUUAGGUAUUAUGGCAAUAAAUUAAAAGACAAAUUUGUAUAUCUAUAGGAUCUAAUUAUAAAAAUAUACGAAAUAUAAAAUGCGUGCGGAAAAUAAAAUGCUUGACAUUUUGUGAAAGAUAGUAUAAUAGAUGGCGCAUAAGUAUGAAAACCAGAACGCAAUAUCACAUAUAUUUCCAUUUCUGUCUGGUAAAGGAAAGGAAUGGAAUAGUGUGGCGUCGUGCAUCUCGUAUCUCUCUCUAGUCGCUUAAAGCUAUUCGUUCAUUUGGUUGAACUCGUUGCGCAACGUGAAGCGCGCAGCGUCCUUUGCGCAUAGUUAUGGUAGAUAGACGAACAGAAUGUCUUACUAAAAAAAGCGCGGUUUAUUGACGAAGUGGAGUGGUUUCGUGAGAAAUUCUUCAGGUAGCAAGCCUUCAAAGAAAGACUUAAGUUUUUUAAAUAAUUCCGUCAAUGGAAGUACGCGGAUGGUAAGUGAGCAGUAACGCGCAACCGACACUUUCAUACGGCGCUGUGUAUGGAUUAAACAAAAUGGCUACCCUUUUGUCGUUGGCGGUAUUAUUUAUUUGGUUUGCGAAAAAAUGGACAUUAGAUUGUAAUUAGGUUAUCGCGAUAAGUUUAACUCUCACGUGAAAAAAUAUCCUCGAUUUAGUGUUAACGAACUAUUUUAACAUUUAUUUUAUCGCACUUUAUGACUUUAUCUAUUCGCUUACGUUACUAUUUCUCUAUUUACUUUCUUUUUACAUAUUAAGAUGAAACUGCGAUAGAAGUGACAGAAUUUACAUUUACGGAAGCUAGGUAUG